UUAGGGCAUUUCCACAGUUCUUGGAAGAAGCCUGUAUGUCCCUAUUUGCAUUCGAUGCCUCCAGGCCAUCAGCUUCAGCAGCGUUGGAUCAGACUGGGCGGCUCGCUCCUUCGACCUGCAGCUCUACCUGCUUUAAGAGCAAACAGAUCGCCUUCAGCUCUGGCGAGCCCGGGGGAAUUCAUCCUUCUUUCGCACCGAGGGAGCGUGGGACACCGCAAUGCCGCCCUGAGGCAAUGUGUGUUAUCCCUGCAUCUCUCUUUUAUUUCCUUCCAGGACGGGUGCUUAACCCGCCGCUCCGAGACACGUGCGUGAGAUCCCAACUUUGUCUCCAGGGGAGAUCUCCGCAGGCAGUUUACGAUGCCUGAGCUCCCGCGGUGCUACCACCGUUUACUCGGAAAAUCACUGGCAAUUAAUCACAGUUUUCUCGGGGGAAAACCCACUUGAUUUGGACCCGUCGUUACGCAGGGAAACUACAGAAUACCGUGCUGUAACCUAACCUGAACUCUGCUAAAGGCAUUUCUUCCUAGGGCUCCCCUUUCUCUUGGCAAGCCCUCCCUGCCUUUGGAAAACCGGGAAGGGUGUACCGGGCUGUGGUUACACUCGGCUGUGCUGAGGAGCAAGAUGCACCCGCGGUGCUGUCCCGCUCGUCUUUGGGCCGCCGAGGCAGGACGAGGGGAGCCUGAGGAAGCCACGGGGACGGCUCUGAGGGAGCGGCCGGCCCCCCGCGCCACCAUUGCCUCGCACGGCAAGGAGGACCUGCUCGCCGCCGCCGCCCGGCUCUGGCAGCGGAGGAGGCGGCUGCUGGCCGCCGCCGGGCUCGCCCUGGCCAUGGCCGUCGCGCUGCUGGUCGCCGUGCCCCUGCUGCUGCUGCAAGCGCCCGCCGACACCGGCGCCCACUACGAGAUGAUGGGCACCUGCCGCAUGAUCUGCGACCCGUACAGCGGCGGGCGGCCGCCCGGCCCCGGCAGCACCGCCACCGUGGAGGCCCUGCAGGACCUGGGCGCCAACCCCCCGCCGCCCUUCGUGCAGGGACCCAAGGGGGAGCCGGGCCGGCCGGGCAAGCCGGGCCCCCGCGGGCCGCCCGGGGAGCCGGGGCCGCCGGGGCCGCGGGGCCCGCCGGGGGAGCGGGGCGAUGCGGGGAAGCCGGGGCUGCCCGGGCUGGCGCUGGCGGGCGCGGGCGGCGGCGGGAGCGGCGGCGGGGCGGCGGCGGGCGGCGAGGCGGCGGGCGGGCUGAGCGCCGCCUUCAGCGGGCCGCGCAUCGCCUUCUACGUGGGGCUCAAGAGCCCCCACGAGGGCUACGAGGUCCUCAAGUUUGACGACGUGGUGACCAACCUGGGCAACCACUACGACCCGGCCAGCGGCAAGUUCACCUGCCAGGUGCGCGGCAUCUACUUCUUCACCUACCACAUCCUCAUGCGCGGCGGUGACGGCACCAGCAUGUGGGCCGACCUCUGCAAGAACGGCCAGGUGCGGGCCAGUGCCAUCGCCCAAGACGCAGACCAGAACUACGACUAUGCCAGCAACAGCGUGGUGCUGCACCUGGACUCCGGCGACGAAGUGUAUGUCAAGCUGGAUGGAGGCAAAGCACACGGAGGCAACAACAAUAAGUACAGCACUUUCUCUGGCUUUCUUUUAUACCCUGAUUAACACACGAGUGACACAACACAACUGGCCCUGCCACUGAUGCACAUGGGGCUGUUUGGCAAUUCCAUACCCCGUGGUGCUGCUGUUCCUGCUGGUGUCCACUGUCUCCGCAGGUCACUUUAGCUUCACUAUCAGUUUGUUUGUUUUUAUUUUCACCCUUGUGGAAACAAAACAGAAAUGAAACAAAGUGAAUCCCUUCCUUACUCUCCCUCAUUUCUUCUGAUCCCCGCUCUCCCUUUGUCUUCCUGAGUGUUUCGUGUGUCACAUGAGGAACUUGGCAGCUUGAAACUCUCGAGUGGUUCCAGGAGGGUUUAAAAGAGCCCAGAGUUUGGACUGUGUCACACAUGGCAUUUGAGCAGGUCACAUUUUUUCAUCAAUAAGUAUUAAUGACGAUGAUGAAUUUUCAGCUGGACUAUUCACGAAGUGGGACUGGAUCAUAACUGUUUUUUCCUCUGCUGCUUUGUAUGGGGUCAAGUGUAAACUUUUCUUUCUGUGCAAUGCAAUGCUCGUGUGAAUGGUGGUGUCAUUAACGUCAAACCUGUUUCUGUCUGCAAAAGAAUUUGGUCAUUGACCACAGUCACCCAAAUGCCACAUUAAAUUAUGUUUUUAGACAAUG